UGAAACAUCAAGCCGCAUUUCCAGCACAAGCAGGACAGAGAGAAGGAGAGUUGAGCAAUGGCAAGAACCAAGCAGACCGCUCGUAAAUCCACCGGUGGUAAAGCCCCGAGGAAGCAGCUCGCUACUAAAGCAGCGCGGAAGAGCGCGCCAGCCACCGGCGGCGUCAAGAAGCCCCAUCGCUACAGGCCCGGGACCGUGGCUCUCCGAGAGAUCCGCCGUUAUCAGAAGUCCACCGAGUUGCUGAUCCGCAAACUGCCUUUCCAGCGGCUGGUGCGAGAAAUCGCUCAGGACUUCAAGACGGAUCUGCGCUUCCAGAGCUCCGCUGUCAUGGCCCUGCAGGAGGCCAGCGAGGCUUAUUUGGUGGGUCUGUUCGAGGACACCAACCUGUGCGCCAUCCACGCCAAGAGAGUCACCAUCAUGCCCAAAGACAUCCAGCUGGCCCGCCGCAUCCGCGGAGAGCGCGCUUAACCCGCAUCAGCGCAUCACCCCAACGGCUCUUUUAAGAGCCACACACUCUGACACACAAAGAGCUGAUCAGAUAAUAUUGAUUAAUGUGUUAUUUACACAUAAUGAAACGCUUCUGAGUAAAAUAUGAAAAUAUGCUAGUCAUCUAAAAGAAAAUAGAGGCUUUUUAAUAGUUACUUUAAUGUUAUGAGUAAUUGCAUUUAGAACUGAGUUUAUUUUUCUUUUAAGAUGAAGCUUUAUAACUAGGAUAUUUUUGUUUUCAGAAACAUUUCUCGGAGUUAAAGUUUCAGACAGGGUUUAUACUAAGAUAUUAAAUUGGGAUUUAAUUAUCUUAUAUAAAUGUGCCUUAGAAACAUUUCUGUUGAGAUAAAACAAUGACAGACAAGACAACAGCACAAGUUUCUUCAGUUAAAGCGUAAACAUGUAUUUUAGUCUCAGACUAGCUUUAAUCCUCAUCUGUGAAACUGCUGGUAAUUGUCUAAUUUGUGUCACAUGACAUGAUUUAUUCCUGUAGACUUUGCUUUUAAUUAAAGUGGUUUACAAAAUAAAGACAAAUCUAAAUAUGACCAG